CCAUCACACUUUGUCAAUCUUUGUAUCCUCUCUUCGCCACUCCACUCAUCUUCUCCAACUCACGUCAAACCACUUCUUCCUUUCUGUAACUUCGCGCCGUGCACAUCCACCCUUUUCUCCUCCAUCUGUUUGCCUCUUGUUGUUGCUCUCCUCCUCCACCCGCACCAGAGUUUCCUCAGUAGAAGGUUGAAGGGCUCUAUCAAGAGGGCUAAGAGUCAGCCCAAACUGGACCGAACCAGCAGUUUCCGCCACAUGAUCCUCCCCCGCUUCCGCAGUGCCGACCAAGACAGGACCCGUUUGAUGCAGAGCUUCAAAGAGUCCCACUCCCAUGAGUCCUUGCUGUCUCCCAGCAGCGCUGCCGAGGCGCUGGACCUCACUCUGGACGAGGACGCCGUCAUCAAACCUGUCCACUCGAGCAUUCUGGGACAAGAGUACUGCUUUGAGGUGACUACGGCAUCGGGAACCAAGUGCUUUGCGUGUCGCUCAGCUGCAGAGAGAGACAAAUGGAUCGAGAACCUGCAGAGAGCUGUCAAGCCCAACAAGGACAACAGCCGGAGGGUGGACAAUGUGCUCAAACUGUGGAUCAUUGAGGCCCGCGAGCUUCCAGCCAAGAAACGCUACUACUGCGAACUUUGUCUGGACGACAUGCUGUACGCACGCACCACCAGCAAGCCCCGCACCGACACCGUUUUCUGGGGAGAGCACUUUGAAUUCAACAACCUGCCAGCCGUCCGCAACCUACGCCUUCAUCUAUACAAAGAGACAGACAAGAAGAGACGCAAGGAAAAGAGCACAUACUUAGGACUUGUAAGCAUCCCCAUCUCAAGCAUCACUGGACGUCAGUUUGUGGAGCAGUGGUACCCGGUCAUCCAGCCCAGUGUCCUCACCAAGGGAGCUGGUGGCGGAGGGGGGAAGAUCAUCAACGCAUCCCUACGCCUCAAAUCCCGCUUCCAGACCAUGAACAUCCUGCCCAUGGAGCUGUACAAGGAGUUUGCAGAGUACGUCACCAAUAACUACCGCACCCUGUGUGCUGUGCUGGAGCCUGUGCUGAGUGUCAAGAGCAAAGAGGAAGUGGCUUGUGCAUUGGUGCAUAUACUGCAGAGCACAGGGAAAGCUAAGGACUUCCUGUCAGACAUGGCGAUGUGCGAGGUAGACAGAUUCAUAGACCGAGAACACCUUAUCUUCAGAGAGAACACUCUGGCCACCAAAGCCAUAGAAGAGUACCUCAAACUGAUCGGACAUAAGUACCUCAAGGAUGCUAUAGGUGAGUUCAUAAGGGCCUUGUAUGAGUCAGAGGAAAAUUGCGAAGUGGACCCCAUGAGAACGCCACCCUCUGUGCUCCCAGACCACCAAGCCAAUCUCCGAAUGUGCUGUGAACUAGCACUCUGCAAGAUCGUUAACUCCCAUUGUGUUUUCCCUCGAGAGCUAAAGGAAGUUUUUGCCUCCUGGAGAGUGCGCUGUGCUGAGAGAGGACGGGAAGACAUUGCCGACCGUCUCAUUAGUGGUUCCCUCUUCCUGCGCUUCCUGUGUCCUGCCAUCAUGUCCCCAUCACUCUUCAACCUCACCCAGGAGUAUCCCGACGAGCAGACUUCACGCACGCUCACCCUCAUCGCGAAAGUAGUGCAAAACCUGGCCAACUUCUCCAAGUUCGGCAAUAAAGAGGAGUACAUGUGUUUCAUGAAUGAGUUUUUAGAGAUGGAAUGGGGCUCCAUGCAGCAGUUCCUGUACGAGAUCUCCAACGUGGACAGUGUCAGCAAUGCAGGCGGCUUUGAGGGAUACAUCGACCUGGGCAGGGAGCUGUCCAUACUCCACAGCCUUCUCUGGGAAGUCAUAGCUCAGCUCAGCAAGCAAAACUCAGCAAAACUGGUUUUCUUUGAACCACAGGAUGCUAUCAUCAAACUGGGUCCUUUGCCUCGCCUCCUGAAUGACAUCAGUAUGGCCUUGCGUAACCCACACCUCCAGAGGCAGCCCAGCCAUCAGACAGACAGGGUGCAGGAGAGGCAGACAGAAAGGCUGCUGUCACGACCGAGCUUCAACAGGGGCAUCUCGUCCGAGUUCCAAAAUCUCAUGAUGAGGGAUCUUAAUAGCUCUAUAGAUAUCACUCGCUUGCCUUCCCCCACCUCCACCGGAGGGGUCAUGCCAUCCCGCUCCCAGAUGGGUUUUCAGGACCGUGACCAGCUCCAUCGAGCGUCCUCCAAAGACAUGUUUUACGUAUCACGCCCUCCCUUGGCCCGAUCCAGCCCGGCCUACUGCACAAGCAGCUCGGACAUCACGGAACCAGAUCCUAAGGCCUCCAUCGCCGGCAUGGGCAGCUUCGGAGGGCUGAGCAGCGGAGGCGGUGGCGGCCUGGGGUCGGGCCUGAGCAGCCAGCUGCGGGCCGGUGGGAGGUUGUCAGCUGGCUCUGGCGGCUCCAGCAUGUCCGGCGGCCUUCGGCUGAGCCAGCUGAGCCAGAUGGGCACCACCACCGACUCGCUAUCCCAGCAGCAGCAACAGCAGGCCGCCGCCAUGCGCUACCCGCUUUCCUUCCAGAAUCCCCUCUUUCAUCUGGCGACCGCCGAUGGGCCUCAACAGCAACAGCUCCAUCACCAGCACAGCCGGGCUCAACCUCCAGCACCCCUGCUCCUGGCCCCAGAGCCUGAUCCCUCUCACCCGACCUACAUGCCACAGUUCGCCCAUGGGGGGUUCUCUCGCAGUGAGGACCUGUCCACCCUCAGGACCAGGGACGGUCACCUGGGACAACCCAGCAUCAUCCACUCACACAGCUACAGUGACGACUACAGCAGGGCUGAAUAUGGACGCAGGCAGAUGUCCACACAUGUGCAGGAUAACCUCCAACAGCAACAACAAAUGAUGGGCCAGGCCUCCCAGACAGGGACGUCCCACUCCUCCCUGGCCACCACGCCCCCCACCACAGUCCAACCCGUGCGCCAGAGUUCUGUUGCCCCGCCUCCCGUCCAGCGCGUCAAGUCCCAGACCUCCCAUCAGCUGUCCGUCAGUGCGGCUGCUGCACCUGCUGCUCUGGCUAAAACACGACCGCCGAGCGCCAAUCUCCUCCAGUCACCGGAGUCCGGCUACGGCGGCAGGCAGCACGGGUCCCGGCAGCUGUCCGUCAAAGACAACACUGCCCCGGGGCUGCCCCACCAGCAGAGCUCUGUCAGGGAAAGCCAGAGUCCACAGGGAACCACCAGUCAGAGCACUCAACAGUCACCACAGCAACAGCCUCAGCAACAGCACCUGCUCAAGCCCACCAUGAGCAAACAGGGCUCCCAGACUCCAUCUACCCUCAAUCCCCCAACCCCAGCCAAUGAGCGAACGGUGGCCUGGGUCUCCAACAUGCCUCAUCUGUCGGCUGACAUUGAAAGUUCGCGGAUUGACCGUGAAGAGUUCAAACUGAAGGAGUACUCAAAGAGCAUGGAUGAGUCACGCAUGGACAGGGUACGGGAGUACGAGGAGGAGAUCAACUCCCUGAAGGACCGCCUGGUGAUGUCCCACAAAAAGCUGGAGGAGUACGAGCGGAGGCUCCUCACGCAGGAGCAGCAGACCAAUAAGAUCCUCCUACAGUACCAGAAUCGACUCGACGACAGUGAGAGGAAGCUACGGCAACAGCAAGUGGAGAAAGACUCCCAAAUUAAAGGAAUAAUUAGCAGACUUAUGGCUGUGGAGGAUGAGUUAAGGGGAGGACCCGUGAUUGAGCCAAAAACCAGGAUUUUCCCUGAUCAGGGGAGGCGUCAGUCCAUCCUAGUGCAGCCCCGUCUCGCGCCUGUCCCACCCCGAGUAACCAGCCACUCUCAAAGCUUCAUGGAGGACAAUAUGGAACGUAAUUGGCUGAUGCACCAUCGGCAGUCCGCAGGGUGGCAUAGCCAAAUGUCCAGAGCCCUCUCUCGUGACGCGAUUGGCUGACAAAGGGAGAACUUGGGGCAUUGGUCCCAUUCUCUUUGCUCAAAGGAUGGUGCAGAGCCCCAGCGGACCAUGUAAGGAAAUGCUGGGUUGUUUUUUUAUUUAUUUAUUUUUCACUUUACUUGGGCCCUCUCUC